UAUCCUCUCUUUAUCCUCUCAAUACAAAAUCACAUCAUAUUACUACCAAUACCAUACUCCUUUUAACUUUUGUUUUUGUAAUUCAUUGAGAGCAAAAGGCAAAAGAAAUGACUACUUCAACAAUAGUUUCAAUGGCAAUGCCACUUACUUACACAAGCCAAAAGAAACAACCAAUUGUUGAAGCUUUUUUCAAGCCAUUGCCAAUUAGGCCCUCACAACAACUUGCAACAUCAAUCUCAUCCAAUAAGUUUGUAGUCAUCAAGGCAUCUUCAUCUUCAAUUAAGGAAAAGGCAGUGGUAGGGUUGACAACAGGUGUACUCACAGCAUCAAUGGUUGUACCUGAUGUAGCACAAGCUGCUAGUGGUUUCUCACCAUCACUCAAGAAUUUCUUGCUUAGUAUUGUGUCUGGUGGGGUUGUGGUUAUUGCAAUUAUUGGGGCUGUUAUUGGUGUCUCCAACUUUGAUCCUGUUAAGAGAGGUUAAAUUUGUGACUUUCUUGAAUUGUAUCUAAUAUGAUUUGUGUAUGUUUAUAUGGCAAUUAAUUCCUUUAAUUUA